GUAAAACGCGCGUUCCCGUAUAACUGUCAGGCUGCAGGUCAGGAACCACUCAGAUAGCGGGUCAUUGGACGCAUCCGGACGCUGUUGAACAAGAACUGACCCGUUCGGUGUGUCCGUUAUCGUAUCAACGAAUCAAUUAAUUACUUUUUCUUUCAUUUAAACUACUAGUUGUUACUUGUUGUGGUUUACAAACGGUCCGGGGUUCUCUCUUCCAUGAUGCACGGGUAAGCUAGCUAACGUUAGCCACGGAGCUAACGUCCAUGGUCCAGUGUCUGUGCGGGGAGAAAGUAGCGUAGUCUGCGUUCCUUUUUUUAGGGUGGCUGGGGGCGAGUAAUUGGGAGUAAACAUGGAGAAAAGUAAUCGUUUUGUUGAGCUGUACUAUUAUCUCCAAGACCCCCAUCUUGUCGCUCGAUUUCAGCGCUUUUGUGGGGUACACGGGACGUUUUCGAAGACCGUCUCCAGCAAGGAAGCAGACCGGACUCAGUCGCACAACAACGGGGCUUGCCAUCGUCCCAUCACUGGGGGAAAUGAGAGUGAAAACAUGGCCGGUUUCGGAGGAGCUGGGGAAGGAGAAACAGCAGGAGUGGGUGUUCGGAAAAGGGUGAAAAACCGAGGGGAGGAAAGUGAAAAUCUUGCCCAGAAUGGAGCACCUGUGUCUGCAACAGACUCCGGGGGAGAAACGGUUGCUGUGGGCAAUAACGGUCGUAGUCUCCAAGGCGCUACUACAACCGUUGGUAACAGCGGUGCCCGUUCGGACUUUUCACGGGCAACCGCCGGGGGAGAAACGGUUGCUGUGGACAAUAACUGUCGUAGUCUCCACGGGGCUACAACCGUAAGUCACAGCGCUGCACAGCAUGUCUUUUCAGCGGCAAACGAAGAAAGGGAGACGGGGAAAGAUAGUGACGACCCCCUAUCUAGCAGCACGGUAAAACCCCUCCGUAAAAACUCUCUAACAGGCGACGCGGGUCAGGAGUUCCUCAUCGGGAACCGGUUCCUGUACUACAUGUUCACCUUCGCAACCGAGCUGGGCAACGAGCUGUUCUACAUCAUCUUCUUCCCCUUCGUUAUGUGGAACAUGGACGUCUUAGUGAGCAGGAGGCUGAUCAUGGUGUGGGUCUGGGUCAUGUACCUGGGUCAGUGCACCAAGGAUGUGAUCGGCUGGUCCCGACCCGCCUCACCACCUGUGGUCAAGGUGGAGAUGUUUUACAACUCUGAGUACAGCAUGCCGUCCACACACGCAAUGUCGGGCACUGCCAUCCCCUUCUCCCUGUUCUUCAUGACCUACUGCCGGUGGGAGUACCCGUUCUCACUGGGCUUCAUCCUGGCUCUCUGCUGGUGUCUGCUGGUCUGUGUCAGCCGAAUCUACAUGGGAAUGCACUCGGUCCUGGACGUCAUAGUGGGCGUCCUGUACAGCGUCCUGAUCCUGCUCUUCUUCCUGCCGCUGCUGGACCUGAUCGACGGCUUCAACAUGUCGCACCGCUACGCCCCGCUCAUCAUCGUCUGCUUCCACCUGGGCCUCGCCCUCUUCUCCUUCACCCUGGACACCUGGAGCACCUCGCGGGGCGACACCGCUCAGAUCCUGGGCACGGGGGCCGGCGUGGCCCUGGCCUCGCACGUCAACUACCACCUGGGUCUGCUGCCCGACCCCACCCCGGAGCAGCUCCCCUACACCAUGCCCCCCCUCAGCGCCGGCCUGGUGGGCCUGUCCGCGCUGCGGCUCGUCCUGGGCGUGCUGGUGCUGAUGGCCAUUCGGGCGCUGAUGAAGGCCCUCACCCUCCCGCUGGUGUGCCGGCUGGUCGGGGUGCCCAGCACGGACAUGAGGAAGGCCCGGCAGCACAUGGAGGUGGAGCUGCCGUACCGCUACAUCGUGUACGGGACGGUGGGCUUCGGCGUGGGCUUCCUGGUCCCGCUGCUCUUCAGCUACCUCCAGCUCUCCUGAUUGGAUGUGCUGGUUGGAAAACAGUGAAGUUACAGUCAUCUAAUGCUCUUCCCAGGUUCACAUCCAGAACCCCUCUUUAAGUUCUCUGGGUUGGAUCUAAGGGGAAUUAAAGCCUAAAAGCUGAUCUGGGUGUUUUCAGUUUUCUUAAUGUUCGCUCGGGUUGGGAUCAGCAAGCAUGAGCCGGGAAAACUGGUACAUUUUAACGAUUCUGAGACCAGUGAUAUCUUUCAGAUCUGUUCUUUUAGAUUUAUUUUAAAUCAAUACAAAUGGCACCUCCAGACCCCGGGUCAAACCGGGUCGGAGCCAAACAACCACUCCAGCACAUUAAUUCAUAUUAGAUCAGAUUCUAAAGACUACAGACACCACUGAUGGCUACUGAUAAAUGACCUGUGUCUUACUAUUCACAAUUUUUAUGAAUGCAUUCGUUUUUAUUGAGAUUUCCGACAAAGAACCACACAAGUACAUUUUUGGAAGACUGACAUUUGCACUGCAUUUAGCUGCAACGCGUCAGUGCCUUCAGGUGUACUGGAAGGCAGAGUUUAACGACUUCACACUGAAAUAUACCAAAUGCUUUUACUGUCUGAAAAGGGUUUAGAAACUCAAUGUAAGCCUCUUCAACAAGUACCCAACACAGCUAAUGGUACAAGGCUGCAGUUGUAUCUGUAAAAUGAAAGAAGAAAUUAUGAAAAAUUGUAUUAUGUACCAAAAGAGCAAAACCCAAAAUAUUCAGUUGAAAUCCUAAAAAACAGAAAUGCAGCAAAUCCUCACAUUUAGAGGAUCUGCAUCAGUGAAUAUAUUUUGUUCUUGAGGGAAAAAUUACGAUUUAUUGAUUAUUUCAAUGUUUUUCAUUCAGUAUUUAAACUUUGUGUGGUUCUUUGUCACACAGCUUCUCAAUCAUUAAUACACUUUUUUUACAUCUCAAAGCAAUAUGAUUUUAUACUUCCAUAUUCCUGUAUCAGAGCUUAUCCUGAUCCCCCCCCCCACCUGUGGAGUUGACACCUGGGUUUUAAAUGUGUUGAACUUUGUCAGACUAAAACAGAUCGACGUGUGUCAGGAAUAAUUUUGUAGGUGUUUAAUUGCAUGUGUAUAGUUUUUCUAAAGGGCUCUCCCCACUAUCUCUCGUUGUCCGUCUUUGUUCAGGGGAAUUAUCGUCUGUUCUGAGGUUGAUAUUUUGUUCCUGGCUGGAGAAAAGCAAUGACCGGGCACAAACUGUUUGAUCCAGAAGAAACUGAAGGAAGUGACACUUUGUUUGGGAAAUGUACAGAGAAGUUUAAAAUAGUUUUUUUUUAUACAGGAUGACAGGAACUGGACUCAGCUUAUUUUUCUUUCCUCUAACACUGUAAACUGAUGGCCCUCCACUUCCUGUGCAGAGAGAGUCUGUCGGCAGGAGGAGAGAUAGCGCUGAUCUCAGGAGGGAAGACGCGUGGCCAGGCAACAAAUACAUAUCCUGCACAAUACAGAUUUAUAGCUUUUCUCAGCUAAACCAUUCAGAUUUUAGAAGACAGAGAAUUAGAAAAUAUACACAAAAUAAUAUUUCGAUUGUGGAUCUCAUUAGAAAUAUCUCAAAAUGAUCAUAGUAGCUGAGAGAAUGCAUACAAUCUAAAAUAAUCUGCCUUUUUUUUCCUCAUUUAUUUAUGACUGUUCUUGAAAUCUCGAUUUAACUUACAGUGCGAGACAGUUUUUACUAUUAUUAAGGAACAAGUCAAAAAUGCAGACAUUUCUAAAUGUGUACUUCACUUCUUCUAGUCCAGCUUGUCAAAUCUUUUUAGUUGAUUCUAAAAUGUUUGUGUCCAUGAUCGCAGCUUUGACCGAAAAAUGCUACUUAUUUUGUCAUUCUGCUUACAGAAAUAGAACAAGUUUGAUUGUGUUUCUGUUGGUCCUUGUAUAAUGGCAAUAUCAAGCUAUCAAGUGAAAGUUCCGUUUUUUACACGAUACAAAACCAGCUCAGUUAUUUUUUCUGUGUCUGAAAUAACUGCCUGCAGCCCUAAACAAGAUGGAUGCAUGAUAGAUUUUCACGCAGGAGAAAACAUGCGUUCCAACUGUUUUUGAUGGGAUAAAACUUGCUGUGAGAAUUGUUUUUAGUUUUUUCUCAGAGUCUACACAGACUUUCUCUCCUGUCGACCUCUCGCACAACAGAGUCACAGGAAAGAAGAAAGACCACUAAAACUGUUUCAGUGGAAAUCCACUCAUCUAUGGACACAUCUGAACUGUUCCCCCUGUGCCUAUUUUAUAUAUAAAUAAUAAGAUGAUUAUCAUGAACUGGAAGGAAACGCCCAGUUAAACAGGUGUAACUGCAGACCACUGUGCUUCUCUUCAGCAGAACAUCUUUCAGAAACACCAGGGAUGUUUCCAGAUGUCAGCCUCACACAUUUCCCAGUGCAGAAAGACUGAACCUCUGCACAGAUUCACACAUUCCUCCUCGUGUUGCUCCACUGCAGCGGCUGUGGGUGAAGUGCCUUGCUCGAGGGCACUUUUAGAGGCUAGCAGAGUGCUGAAGGCCAACGGAGAUCAAGAGACUUAUUGGCAGCGAGUUGUAUGUUGUUUGUACGGUACUGUCCUUGUAUAAAUGCACUGUUCCCAGAAUGCACUGUGUCCCCCUGAGCCAGGCAGGCGGAGGAAGCUGGUCCUAAAUGUUCAUAUUAGGCCAGAGUUUGUUAUCUUAUCAGAAAACUGUUAACGCUUUGUGAGGAUUUAAAGCAGGGUUCAGGACUUUAACUGCAGUCAGAUAUUAGUGUUUUGUCUUUUAAUUUUGUAAUACAUCUAUUUAUUAUUUGGUUUAAAAAAAUGACUCUCACACAGGAACUCAAACAAAUUGGUUAUCAGAAGAAUUGCUGAAUAGUUUUAACUCAAUAAUACAUCAGUAAGAAUAAUCCAAUAAUUAUUCAACAUAAACCACCAGGAGUACUUUUAAUUUGGAAACUUCAGGAAUAUUUUGCGGUCUGUUCAAAACUAAUGCAGGAAACACACAAUUACUGAUUACUUGCAAACUACUUACUACUAUACUACUUACUAGUACAAAAAUCAUUUUGACCAGAUUAAAUUGGAGUAAUCUGAUCCUAUCCUGAAAAACAUAUUUAAGCAUCAGAUUUAAACCUGACAUUUCUCUUGUAACUAAAUAGAAAGCUAGAGGACAUAAAUGGACCUGCUUCCCCUUUAGCCCGGCUGUGAUUGGUCGAUUCACUUGGUCUGGCCUUGCCUUGUGCACAAACAUAUUUCUGUUGUUUGGUGUGUUUUUGUUUUUGUCUGAAUGUGGUUUCCUCUGAACCAGUGAAACAGGAAGUCUUUCCCUGUUGAUUGUUUUUGGUUUUUUUGGUUCAACAAAACACACAACCCCAUAAACCUGAGGUUGAGUUACAUUUGUUCAGUCUCACAUGCCCUCCUUUCUGACAAUAGAUAUUAAACCUGUUAUUAUUCAUCAUUUGAUACACAUGAAGGUUCAAUAUGAGUGUCUGUUUCUGCAAAGUGUGGAUAACAUGGAAUUCAAACAUGAUCAUUUAGAGGUUUUGGAAGAGUUUAGUUAAAAUCUCCAUAUUUUUUCUGGUGGUGUUUAAGAUGACAAGUAACGCAAAAGUGAAAUAUUGACCUGAAAUUAUAAUUUUCAACCACAACUGGGACACUGUAGAUAUAUUUAGUAAACUGCCAUAAUCAGAAGAAGCUUUGAACGUGUUGGUGUGUGUUUACAUCUUGGCAGCCGGACAUUUCCUCUGCAUAUGGAGAAGCGAUCGAGGAAAUAAGAUAGAAACAUCAAAUUAAAACCAAACUUCCUGACAGUGAUAUAAAUAACGUGAGGCCUCCAAAAGACCCACCCCCCCCCCCACAUCGAGGUUCAUCAGUGUGUGUUGUUGACCGACCUGAACAGAGAGUGUUGUUUUUAUGGAAGAUUUGAUUUAAUCUGUGGUAACUUUCAGCGUUUACUUAGCUGAGUAAAAGCCGCCUGAUGGUUUUAUUUGUUAUAGAAAGCGCUGGCAUCUGAUAAAAUAAAAAUAAAACCGAUUACAGCACCUGAAAACUAUUUGGUUAUAAUUUCUAAAUAAGUGGGAAAGAUUCUGUGUUUACAGUCCUCAGAAAACCCCAGAUUUAAUACAUUUUUAUUACAAAUUCAUAAUGAACCCCAACAUUUUGUGGCAUCUUUUAUGCCCAAAUGUCGUCUUUUUAAAACCCAAGGGCCCGGCUCUGCUCUGAACAACAUGAACAUAUGUUUGUCUUCUUUCUUCCUCAAAGACUGGAUCUCAGAGAGUUUUUAUACAGAAAAUAUUUCUCACGUUGACCAAAUAUACAGAGGGGUUGAUCUGGGUAGCUCCAGCUGCUCCUCGCUUCCCUUUAGUGCCUUGAUUGUUCAGAAAAAUGUUAUGCUAUGUGUUAAAAUUCAUUUGUUUUUAAUUACCUUUCAUCCUGUCCUAUCGUGUUGCCUUUUGCACUUUGUAGCUGCGUUAAUGUGGAAGAAAUGACUGAAGCAUUUUCCCACACUGUCGCUCAUUUGUCACUGCCUUUUUUCAAAUGUAAGUGAGUCACUGUCAUUCAAAGCUUUGUCUCAAUGUUAAAUAAAUUCAAGAAGAUUUAAAACUUUU